UACCCAUUGAUAAUCGUAGCUAGCUUCCAUUAUUUUGCGCAUGCGUACGAGUUUUUGGCCGAAGCAUGCGCAGUAGUGGGGAGUGGCUGGUCAGCAGACGGGGUGAUGAAGAAAGUCGCUGUCCUACUGGCUCUAGCACUCUCCGUCGGUUGUGCGGCUGCAUACGUGUCGAGUUGCGACGCCAGCGCCGCAAGAAACGACUGCGGGUAUUUGGGCAUCACAGAAUCCGAGUGUGAGGCCAAGGGAUGUUGCUGGUCGCCUGAAGACGACGAGCCCUGGUGCUUCUAUCAGAAUCAGCCGAACCCCAGCGGAACCUGCGAGAAGAUGCACCGAGAACCGACUGCGGGUAUUUGGGCAUCAACCAAUCAGAGUGUGAAAGCCAAGGAUGCUGCUGGAGCCCAAAACAGGGCGAUGCCUGGUGUUUUUACAAGACCUCCACUGAUGGCUACGUCAUCAGCAACAUUUCCCAAACAAAUCUCGGCAUCAGGUUGAUACUGAAAUACAAUGGCACCCGAGACUCCACUGCGUUUGGACCAGAUAUAGGGACUGUGCAGGUAGAUAUUGAGCAGCAGACAGCCGAGCGACUCCACGUGAAGUUUACUGACCAUACAACAAAUCGCUGGGAGGUCCCUACAAACCUAUCUCCAGUCCCCUCUCCUCCCUCUACUCCUCCUUCCAACCCACUCUAUGAGUUUGUGGUGCCUAAGGCCGGAGAUCCAUUCAGCCUUGCAAUCAUCAGGAGAAGUGACAAGAGUGUGAUAUUCAAUUGUAGCCAAUUGGCAAGCACAUUGAGGUUUGUGGAUCAGUAUCUCUCCAUUGGGACCACUCUCCCCAGCAACUACAGCAUCUAUGGCAUCGGAGAACACGUUCUAGAUACUUUCAAACUUAGCAAUCCUUUGACACUGACUCUGUUCAAUUCUGACAAUGCCACUCCUGUCCUCCUUAACCUCUACGGCUCUCACCCAUUCUACCUGGAGAUGAGACCUUCCGGUCUGGCCCACGGAGUCUUCCUCAGAAACAGCAAUGGGAUAGACGUCGUCCUCGGCUCUAACAGUCUCCUCUACCGCACCAUCGGAGGGGUCCUGGAUUUCUACUUCUUCCUGGGCCCCCACCCUGAGGGGGUCGUGCAGCAAUAUCAAGAGGUCAUCGGUCGACCCCACAUGCCCCCUUACUGGUCGUUGGGAUUCCACAACUGUCGCUAUGGUUAUCCCAACGUGGAAACCCUGGAGAAAGUGGUGGCUAAUUACUCCAGUGCCAUGAUUCCAUUGGAAACCAUGUGGACUGAUAUUGAUUACAUGGAUCAGUACAGGGACUUUACUCUGGAUCCUAACAACUUUCCCCAAGACAAGAUGAAUGCAUUCCUAGACAAUCUCCACAGCAACGGGCAGCACUAUGUUGUAAUUGUUGACCCUGGAAUUGCAAUUAUGAAAGGAUAUCCUCCUUACGAUCAGGGUCUCGAGGAAAAUGCCUUCAUCAAGGACAAGAAUGGGAAUGUGUUUAUUGGGCGGGUUUGGCCUGGCUACACGGCUUUCACAGAUUUCAUGAACUUUGAUACACAUUCAUACUGGCAGGACCAGAUAGCUUCUUUCUUGCAACUGCUGCCAGUUGACGGGCUGUGGAUUGAUAUGAAUGAAAUCAGUAACUUCUGCAGCGGGGCUUGUUCCACCGAGAGUGCAGAUGGGGUUAACACUGCAAUUCAUGGCAGUGAGCAGAGAGUUAAAAACUCGCAGCCGACUCGGCUCAAAUCCAAAACCAGAACCAGACUUCGAAGAUCUGGAACGGGGAACAGACGCGUGGGUUUCGACCCUACCAACCCUCCGUAUUCCAUCAACAACUUUGGGAAUAAAGCCCCGUUGAACACAAAGACACUAGACAUGGAUGCCCUGCAUAUGAAUGGAGCUGCUCUCGAGUACAAUGCCCACAACACGUUCGGCCUCUCUGAAGCCAUCGCCACUAACAAAGCACUCGAGAACCUGAAGAAAAAGAGAAGUUUCAUCAUAAGUCGAUCCACGUUCCCAGGAUCCGGAUCCCAUACUGGACACUGGACUGGUGAUAAUCACGCAACAUUCGAUGAUUUGGAGCACAGCAUAAUCGGAAUGCUCAACUUUCAGUUGUUUGGGAUUCCACUGGUCGGUUCCGAUAUAUGCGGAUUCCACGAUUCUACAACAGUGGAACUGUGCACAAGAUGGAUUGAAGUGGGCGCGUUCUACCCCUUCUCUCGUGACCAUAACGACAAUCAGUCCCAUCCACAAGAGCUGUAUCGCUGGCCAGAGGUCGCCACAGUGGCACGAAAAGUCCUCUCCAUUCGCUACAGCAUCCUCCCUCUCUACUACACUCUGUUCUACAAGGCCCACACCCCCGUCACCAUGACGACCCCGCCAGCUGCAACUGUCACUAGACCACUGUUCUUCGAGUUCCCCAGCGACGUGAAUACGUUUGGUAUUCAUACCCAGUUUCUGAUUGGUCCAGCUAUCAUGAUCAGUCCUGUCUCCACUCAAGGUGCUACUACGAAGAAUGUGUAUUUCCCCCGAGCAAGAUGGUUUGAUUGGUACAACCAGUCCGUCGCCAUGGAAAAAGGCGGGGAAAUGGUGAAUCUUCCGGCACCACUAGAUCACGUACUGAUCCACAUCAGAGGUGGUUACAUCAUCCCCAUGCAAGAACCUGGUAUGACGACAGUGGCAAGCCGGAAAAACCCGUUUUCCUUACUGGUUGCACUGGAUGAAACUGGUUCCGCGUCUGGUGAUGUUUAUCUCGACGAUGGAGAGUCGCUUGACAUGAGCAACUACACGUUCGUCAAUUUCUCCUGCUCAAAAAGCUCUCUCACUGGCAGUGUUUCUGGAACGGGCUGGGCAAAGAGUUCUCCUCCUCUCUCCUCAGUCACAGUACUGGGACUAGACGGAGCAGUCAGUAAGGCCACACUCAACGGCCAGUCAAUAUCAAACGUCCACUACAACAGCACCACACAAAGUGUCCUGCUGUCUGGAUUCCAAACCAGCCUGGCUUCAGAUUUUACCAUAAUUUGGGAAUGAUGCUUUUUACGUUACGUAAUUAUGGUGUGUUGAAUAAAAAAAUUUUUAGCUUAUUACGAAUCG